AUGUGCUCGCCUAAAGUUUUCGUUUGCGGUGCAACCGGCACCCAAGGAGGUGCCCUCAUUCAGAACCUCCUCGAGCAUCACAUUGAAAUCCAUGCCAUCACCCGAAACAUCAACUCCGAUGCCGCGCAGAAGCUCCGCUCUCUCGGGGUCUCCCUCGCGGAGGGCGAUUUCGACAACGAGGAAAGCCUAAAGAAAAACAUGACAGGCUGCACAACCCUCUUCCUCAACUUAAGUCCCGACCAUACCAACCCCAAAAGAGAGCUUGAACAAGCUCAACGAGUCCUUUCUCUGGCCAAACACCUCGGCGUUCAGCAAGUCAUCUACACCAGCGCCAUGGGCACCACGGACCCUACCCGUCUUCGGCACUGGAACCCCAACGGUCCUGUAGGCAUGGUAGUUCUCGGCAAGCAAGCCAUUGAAAACGAAGUCCGAAACGCAGGAUUCAAGCACUGGACAAUUCUGCGACCGGGCAACUUCAUGUCCAACUUCCUCGACCCGCUCGUUCGGAUGUACCAAGGCCUCGUCGAGACGGGCACAUUUACCACCGCUUUUACUCGGGACACGGUGCUGCCAAUGGUUGAUCCCAACGACAUCGGGAAGUUCGCGGCAGCGGCAGUUUUGGACUCUGACAAGUUCAAUCAAAUGGAAAUCGAGAUCACAUCGGAGAUGAUGGGAGUUGAGAAGGUGAUGCGGGAUCUGUCGGAUGCAACUGGGAAGGAUAUGAAAGUUACUUUCUUGUCGGAGAAGGAGAUCGAGGAUCGGGCAUCACAGGACCCGUUUCUCGGUGCACAGAUGGUGAUUCGCGAUCUGUCAUUGUUUGUUGAUAUGGAGAAGGUCAAGUCUUGGGGGGUAGAACUGGGAAGCUUUGCCCAGUUUUUGAAGCGGGAGAAGACGCGUGUGGAUUCAACCUACCUGUGA